CUGUAAGCCGAUGUAGGUUGGCCGAGGCUUUAUCCUCCGCCCAGCACGCGGCAGUAGUUAAAACACGCCGCCUCCUACCCCAGCCUGCACACCUGCCGCCGAGCCACACGCACCUAACACACAUCAGCAACAGUGAACAAUUUAUAUGGAUCUGAAUUUAAUAGUGACCAUCACACUGCCGCGGAGACAAGAUCGCCAACAGCUAAGCACCUCAGCUGAGCAGUAGCACCGCCGGGUGGCACUGCGGGCUGGCAGUAAGAGCCAUAACCCCUCCGGCCUGCCAUCCUUGAUUCAUUGUGCCUCUGCCAAGAUUGCACUUCGGUGUCAUGUCCAGCGUAGGCGCACACGCCUCAGGGUAGACGCUCAACAAUGGUUGUUUCAACAGUGGGGGAGUAACUCGGUGCCAGGUUCUUGCUGCCUGAUAAUCCAUUAUUAAUUGUGUUCUAUUCAUUGAUCACUUAAGUGGAUGCCGGUAGUGCGUCCGUCGUGGUGACUCACGACCAGGUAACCUGACUGAUCUAGUAAGUGCCGCCUCCACACCUAAGGUUUACGAGUGAGUGUAUAAAGGUGUGAUAGUUUCAUCCAGCACUCUUCCAUCCAUCCCGUCCCUCCGCUUAUGGCAACAUGUGUUCCAUCCACACCCGCAGCCAAACAAUCCUCGUCAGUCUCCACACACAACCACGUCAACAACCACCCUCCGGGCCAGGAGCCGCCUCUGGCGGAUCUCUGCCCAGCGGAAGACACCGAGAAACAGAUCAGGUUUUCUGCGGUGGAUGUCCUACCCGACAUGAGUGCCCCAGAAGACUCCAUGUUCCUCACGCCCAUCUUGCAGGACUUGAAGACUGGCGACGAAGACGACGGCGACAACUUGGAGACGGCAGACACAACUGUGGAUGUUAUCUCAGACGUGGCGGCGGAGCUACUGGCUGAGACCAUAGACUUCAUCAUCGAGUCGUCCUAUUCUGUGGUCAAGUUCAUCUCGGAGCCGGAGGAGGAGAAGCCGUGUAUCUGUACCAAAAUGGACAAAGAUGGGACAUUAGACAUAAGCUUUGAUGAGUGGAGAGACUACCUGUUGUUCCAUCCCUCGGCAAAUCUACACGACAUCAUCCUCUACUGGAGACAUGCCACGAACCUUGACAUUGGUGAGGAUCUUGCAGUGCCAGAUGAUUUUUCUCUAGAGGAAUGGUUGUCUGGCAAAUGGUGGAGACAUCUGGUAGCUGGUGGAGUGGCUGGUAUGGUAUCAAGAACCUGUACAGCACCACUGGACAGACUCAAGGUCUUCCUUCAGGUUCAUGGUACAAAGCAGUUUCAAGGCUUAGCUAGCUGCUUCAGGUACAUGUUGAAAGAAGGUGGUGUUACAUCACUCUGGAGAGGUAAUGGCAUCAAUGUUCUGAAGAUUGCACCUGAAUCAGCUAUCAAGUUUGCUGCCUAUGAACAAGCCAAAAGAAUGGUCCUACAGUUUGGUGGAAGAAAAGAGAGAGAAUUGACAAUAUAUGAACGUUUUGUGGCUGGGUCUUUUGCAGGAGGAAUUUCGCAAACCACUAUUUAUCCCCUUGAGGUGUUAAAAACUAGAUUAGCCUUAAGAAAAACAGGGCAGUAUUCUAGUAUAGGUGAUGCAGCUAAGAAGAUCUUAAGACAAGAAGGUGUUAGAUCAUUUUAUCGUGGAUACCUGCCAAAUCUUCUGGGCAUUAUACCUUAUGCAGGAAUUGAUCUUGCAGUAUAUGAAACUUUAAAGAAAACAUACAUGGAGCAUCAUGAAGAAUAUACGCAUCCUUCUAUAUUUGUCAUAACAGCCUGUGGAGCAUUUUCUUCUUCAUGUGGACAGCUUGCUUCUUACCCUCUUGCUCUUGUUCGUACGAGGCUACAAGCACAAGUGGUUGCCCCAGGGGUGGCACACGAAUACCCAAUAACCAUGUCUGGGCUCUUCCGUCACAUAUUUGCCACGGAAGGAAUAUUUGGCUUGUACCGUGGGAUUACGCCGAACUUCAUGAAGGUAGCGCCGGCUGUGAGCAUCUCCUAUGUCGUGUACGAGAAGUGUCGACAAGCUUUAGGUGUUUCCAUGACAUAAUGCUUAUUUUACUUCCACUUCUCAGUCACGUCUUAAGUAAUGAAAUUAUAUCAUCUCUCUUGCAAAAAAUUAAUGUCUUAUCAUUUAGAUCUACAAGUAUUACCUGCACUUUCUGUUAACUUAGCAUUUGACUACUGUAGUUUAUUUUUUUAUAUACUCGUAUAUCUCAUAAACACAAGUUCCUACUGGUGUCUAUUAGAGAUAUUCAGUGGUUGGACAAAUAGUUUUUGAUUGGUUUGCAUGCUAAAAGAUUUCAUAUCUAAUUUUGUUCUCCACUCAUCUCUUCAUUCGUGCAAUAUCAUUUGAACUGCAUCUACAAACUGGUGAAAGUUUACUCAUACUUCAUUUAAUGGUCAGCACCCAAUAUUAAGAUCAGUUAUUCAUGUCAUUAUGUUACCACAAUGUUAAAUUAUGAUGUGGCUAAAACAGGGAAUUUAAAAAGAGCUAAAAAUUAAGUAUGUUAGUAUUAUUUCCCUUUGUACCAUGAAGAAGUUUUGUAUACUUAAAUUUUCCAGUGACUUUGAUGCAUAACCUAUAAUUUCAUAGUCUUCAGAUAUGAACUAAACUGGCAAAGAAAAUGUAUAAUAUACCUACUCAUUGAUAUAUGCACAUUUAUAGAUGCUGUCAGUGACUUAACCAUAACACAAAAAUAGAUUCUGCUGAUGUUGCUGUUGUUUUCCUCUGUUAUAAUUGACUCAGAAUUAAUGUACAUAAUAUGAUGUUUCAGUUUUAUUAUAUUAAUGAAAAAUUUAUCGACGGGGAAUGAAAACACAAGGUAUUAUAGCAGAUUUUUGUAAGUGGGGGAAUUUCUAACAUUUGUUUCAAUUUGUUAGUUAUCUCGUGUAGGGUGAAUGAAGGAAUGCAGAAAAUCUAUUAAGGUAAAAAAUAUAGGGAGAAGUGUGUGAGACAGAGAGCAACAGAGAAGGGCUGUGGAAACAGGUAUAAAUAUCCACAGAUGCUGUCUAACACAGUUUCUUCUUUAAAUAUACUCGACUAUAUAUGGAAAGGCUGAUUUUGCUAUAAAGACAAUGAUUUAGCACAACUUCAGUGGAAUAUAUGGUUCUAUAAAUUUAUGAACAUGUGUUAGUUCUGAAGCAUUGAGCAUUUGCAUGGACAUGAAUAAGCCAUAAUAGUGCACCAGGGAGUGUGGGACAACUGUCACCUCAACUUCUUGAUCUGCACAUUUGUUAUACGUUAUGUCAGAUGCUUUGGGUAAAUUUUUUAUCAAAAUAAAAAAAUAAAACCUUUAUUAAAGUUGAAGAAUGGUUAGUGUUGUAUAAUCUGCAUUUCAUAUUAUGUAUUCCUACCCGAAAGAAGUUCCUGUGUCUAGAUUCUGUGUCGAAGCAUUACUAUACUUCAGCAGUCCUGGUGGACAGUAUUUCUGUCUUAAGUCUUUACCUUUACUUGGAGGCAUUAAUGCAUUUGUCAUUGCCAAACAGUUAUGAAUUGGUUCUUUUUUUUUUCCUCAGAGUGCAGUAAACUACGGAAUACCAAUCAUAGUUUGUGGUAUGAUUUAUCCAUUUAACCCAGAUCUCUGUUAAUUCCUCUUUGGUUGUGGGUAAAUGAUACUGUAUGAUAUGCAGAGCUGUACAUCACAUUUGUACUUAACACUUGGUUGAGAAGUGAAUGAAAGCUAGUUUAUUGCUUCAGUCGUGAUAACCAAUAGAAAAAAUAACUGCUAGUGGAGGAAAUUCAUUUAAAAACACCUGAGCUAUUGGAGGACUAGCGAAGGUUCAUGAAAAUUGAUAUAUCGUGUCUAAGUCAUGAUGGACAUUAGUAGUCACUCAGUCUUAUCUUACCAAAGUUUUGGAUAAGGAUUGAUUUAUUUUCUUUAGCUACACAUAUAAGGCUACAAAUACAAAUGUUUGAGAAAUCCUUGUUAAUGACUGGUAACCAUUCAAGUACCAGUGUCUCAUUUAUCCAAGGCUUUAAUUGUCAAUGUGAUUGUGUAACAUUUAUUACAUAAAUAUAAAAAAGCUAGACUUAGGAUCAUCAGAAGCUGUUAUAUCAAUUACCUGCAUAAUAGUAAUCUGCUCCUUGGGUCCUGGAUACUUAUGCUUCAUAUAACCAAAUCGUGGCUAGAUGGGUAAUGUUCCUGGUAGCUGGUGUUGGAUCUUCAUGAUACUUUUGGUAACUAGGCCUUUGGAAAUUAAAGUAGGUUCUGGAUUAAUAAGACUUGGUUUAAUCAAGGCCCUGAUUACCUGAAUAGUGUGUGAACAGUCAGGAACCUUGAUUUAAGAUACAGUAUAUUGGUUGUUACCACUCGUCCUUACAUGGAUACCUCUGCAUUGAGCUGGAGUAUUGAUAUACAUGUUUUAGGUCAUUAUUUACAUGCAUUCAACAUCUUACCUUUGUUAAUAGAGGAGACUUCUGGUUCCUCGGUGAUCAUUUAUUUGUGUCGUCUUUCAUUGUAAUUUUCUGCUGUUAACUCAAUAUUGUAUUCUAGUACUAGAUUCCUUUUCAUCUUCACUGCUUUAUAGAUACCCUAGGUAAUAUUCUGGAGCCAAGUUUAGAGAGCUACAAGAACAUAAUCUAGAUUUAUGUAACUUUCAAAUUAAAUUGCUCAUAAAGAAGUGUGUCGAGGCUUAAUGUCUGGUAACAGCUUGAAUGUGGGUUAUCUGAUGUAGAAAACAGUGGUCAAAUAAUGUAAAUGGCAAAAAACACUUGGUUAAUAAUGCAAAGCACCAUAUACUGAAGAAAUUAUUGUCUCCUUGACCAUGAUACAGUAAAAAUAAUUCGUUUCAUUAGUCUUGUGAAGUCAUUUAUAGUUAGGAGGUUUAUGCCAGAACAAUACCUCUGUCUUGUACAUAAUUCCUUCAACCAUUUAUAAACUAAAUGUACUGGUGCAUAUGUUUAUAGUGGCAUUUUUUUUGUAGUUAAUUUUUUGGGGGGCCUUAUAUUUGGGAAAAAGGAGGAGCUAUGCUAUGCACUGUUAUUACUAUCAUUAGAAUCUGCUAGAAAAUUUACUUGCAAAUGGGAGCAAAUUUUUAGCUCAAGGCAACAUGACAUGACAUCAUAAAUACCGUGAGGUUGUUUUAAACAAUAAAUGUGUCAUCCUGAAUGAGGUAAUAGUAAUGUUCACUGUAAAUGGUUGACUUGUGUGUGUUGUGUGAAGUAAAGCUUCAACCCAGUGAUCAUCUUGGUGGUACAGUCACUCAAAAAAGUCCUGUCGCCUCUCAUCCUGAACCACGAACCCCGAGAUUCAGACUCGUGAACCCGAAGCAGUAGACACUGAUAAUUUAUUCUGUCCAUAAAUGAUUCGGAUUCAAGAGUCUGAAUCUCGGGGUUCAGGGUGAAAGGCGACAGGACUUUUUUGGGUGACUGUACAUAACUGAUGCGUCCUUCCAAUCAUUCCAAAUGUAGUACUGUAAUCUUUUCUUUUUCUUCUUAAGAAGGUUGACAUGAAUGUGAUGAAACAUAGAUCAUUAUUGUAGCUUUUCUAGCUGGACUGGAAGAGAAUACCAGAAUAAUGUUAGGUACAUUUUAAUAUUGUUCAUUCCCACUUCAGUAGUUUCUAAUAGCUAAGGAAGUUUUGUCUUUAUUUCAUUAUAUUGUUAGUAAUUUUACCACCAGAGAAAUGGAGAAUGAUGAGCACAGGAGUAUUUUUCUGAUACUGGUGUAUAUAUGAAUCUAUGGUUUGGUAUAUAAGCAUUUUCUUCUCAGAAAGGUUAUUUUCAUUUUGCCUAGAGUUUUUUUUUUUAUUUGGGUAAUGUUUAGUCAAAUUUCUGCUAUAAAAAAUAUAGUAUGACAGCUUAUAUAAUAUUCCAGUGAGACUUGGAAUUAAUAACCUUUAUGAAUAAAUAUGGGUCAACACAAAUUUGUUAUAUUUAUAGAUAUGAAACAAAGACGUGUUUGGGGGACUUACAGUACAGUACUAGGCAGUAAAUUAUGAUGCUUGAUAGUUAUUGGAAAUUUGAUACGGUACUGUAUACAGAGUUGUCCAGAUUAAUAAUCAUUGUUAACUUUAGUCUGGCUAGCAUAGACCUUGUUUCCCAGACCACAGUGCCAACCAAGAGUGAUAGACUUGUUAAAUCUUCCUCCCCACCCCUUAAAAAAUGCCAUUAGAAUGUGUAGCUUUACCUGAUACUCUUAUCAGAAAAUGCCAUAUUUGUUACCACAAUAACUGUUGAUCCUUCAGAUUCUUGACCCAGCAUUAAAACCCUCUGAAAUGUGAUAUUCUUUGUAAUAAUACCAUACAUUGCUUUCAUAAAAACUGUAUUGUUAUUUUAAUGAUGUGUAAGUAGAACCAUCUCACUUUUUUACAUAUUGUAUAUUAUUCAUGGGUAAGUUAGCAUAGAUCUUGAUACAGUAGUCCUCUGUGAUCCUUAAUGUUGAGAAUUUCUCUAGAAAAGAAAGUUGGUAUAGACAGAUGGUGGUAAUCAUCUGUGUAAGAAAACAUUAUGAUCAGACUCCCAGAGUACUUUUGGAUAUUCAUGGCUCUGACCUCUAGAUUUUCCUGUGCAAGUUGCAUUUUAUAUUUGUUGACUAUCAUAGGUAAGGCGGUUACACUACCACAUUCUUAUCAUCUCUUUUUAAUUGUCGAUACUUAUCUUAAACUGGAGUAUGAUGCAUGGUAUAACAUGUGUUUAAUUCAAUGAUAAAACUACAGUAUAUUGGUUUUGUUUAUUUGUACGUACUUGUAACAAAAUAAGAAACUGUCAGGUUAGGUCGAGGUAUUAAUCUACUUAUUGACAUAAAUAAAAUCAGGAUAGAUUUACAAGUUUUAGUUUGGUAGAAGUUUGAUAAUCCAAAUCUUUUAUGGAAAUAGUUACUGUAUAGUGGUUAUAUGGGGGGGGGGGGGAUUUCGGAUAUUUACUGUUGGAACCUAACCCAACUGUACCUAAAUUAGGGUAGUUAGGUUAAAUGAUGCUAUUAAUUUAUAUAUUUGUUUAUGAGUACAGUAUCUUCAUGAUCGUCCCCAUGUACAAACCAGUUUGAAUAUUGCUAUUUUUCAAUUUUAGUGGUAAUUAAUGGUAAGGUGCAUAUUCUAAGUAAUACAGUACUUGAAAAUUGAUACAAUAAAUUAUCUUUCUUUUUGAGCUUCUUAUACAUGUUUGUGAGUUCCUUUGAGCCUGGCACUAUUCUGUAUUAACUAACGAGUAUUUGUAGUGUUCGGUUCAUAGCAGGAUACAUUGGCUAUUUUUGUAAAUCACAAUAAUGUACUGUAGUGGGUCCUAUUGUGAAUCCACUAAUUCAAGGUGCUUCUUUGGUAAUGGCUUCCUUUUUUUUUUUUUUUCUCCAAAACCAUUUUUAGUGUUGUCAUUUACAAGGUACAAUAUUAAGCAAGACACAGUGAAUAAAGAUUAACAUUAUGAUUAAUUUACUCAUUGGCGAUUCAGAAUCCUUACCAAAAUGAUGAAAUGAAGAUGGGAAUUUAUUUUCUUUGCAAACUGGGAAAUUGUAUGCUAAAAUUUUAAAGAAAAUUUAUGUAGCUUUUGUAUACAUUAUUGUAUAAUUUUGGCCAUGUAAAAAAAAAUGUGCUUGAGAUCUGUUAUGAAAUGCUUUCAUUUUUUCCCAUAUAUAUUAUUAAAAUGGUUGGGGAACAAAGUCAUGUUAUUGAAUUGUAUGUACAUUAACUUCUCUCAUCUUACACCUUAGUCACUUCAUUCUUGCUGUUAAUUAGAGAUUCCUCAUUUAUUUUAAAAUUUCCCCACCCAGUAAUGAAGCACAAAAUGCAUCUUAUAAUAAAAACAUUUUUCACACAUGUGAUGGGGAACAUGACCCACCAAAAUGAGGCACUAGCAAAACCUGACAGUUUCUGUGUACAGCGUCAGUUAAGUUAUUAAACAUGUUAAUGCAGUAUUUAUGUGUGUGUAUAUACCAUUAUUUUUAUGACUUCAGAAUGAUAUUGAGGAUUCUAUUAUACAGUAAAAAAUAUUUGCUUCU